AUGUUGGAAUCAGAUAUCAAGCAUGAUGUUAAGACUUUCAAUGCUAUCAGCUCAAGCAUCUUGGAAGCUUUCAAGCAAUCUUCUCCUGCCGACCCCCUUACAGUCGCUUCCCAAAUCUUUCUGGUCUACAGCUACAUGACAGCAGCUGAACAACAGCCAGACGAUGUGACAUGGCACCACCUUCUUGUGGCAUGCAGAUUGAUGGGUGGUGAAAACUUGUCCGCAACGGAGACUAUCAAAUACUUCUUGAAACAAUAUCGAAAACAAGGUUCGAUGAUAGAAGUUGGCAAACUUUACGAUUACAUCAAGAAAUUUGUCAGGAAAGUUUACGGCACUUCGGCGUUUUGUGCUCCUUUCGGAUCUUCGGUCAAUGGGCUGGGAUUGAGCGAUGCUGAUAGCCCAGGCAUCCAAGCGCAGCCACUUUUCCAUGCUCGUACUCCCAUCAUCAAGCUCAACACCUCGGAUGGUGUGCAGGCAGACAUUGCCCUUCAGGUUCCAGCCAUUGCCAUGUCUAUCAGGUCAAGCGAUUAG